CAUUGGCUAUAUUUCUCGCAGCGAAUAACGUUCAGAGUAAAUAAUACGACGCUGUCUUUUUUGUUAUUAAGGUUAUAUGUGUCAGUGAAAGCAAAUGGAAACUCGUGUUUAGACAGCUCGGUGGACUUGUAGGAAACACAUGCAGCUUUUCAAGCAGCUAAUCUUCUCUGUACAUCUCAACUUGUUACGCUGUGGGAAACUUGUGGCGUUUGAUUCCAUGGUUACAGGCUGAGCCAACCCGGAAGGCGGGUGGACAAUGUGCUCUGGCGUUGCUUAUGUUUCUAAGUCAUCCAGCUGCUUAAUGAAACCUACCCCACCUGCCUAUCUUGUCCUCCAUGCUGUUAUGAAUAAUCUGUGACGUCCCGAAGCGGUUAUGAAAUCCAGUGGUGCAGUGUUCACAAAGAAGAAUCCCUUCCAGCCAGCCUCUUCACUGGGAAAAACACACUACCAUCCUACCCGUAAACAGUGCCUGUCAAAGAAAAAGAGAGAAACAACUUUGAGUCCUGUGCGUUCAAACCAGCCAGCCAAACCACCAUUGGACUCCUUGAGCCCAGAUGAACAGCACCAUCUUGGGAAACCUAAACAGCUUUUUACCUCCUGCCUCCAUCCCAGUGCAGAUGGACGAGCCACUUUUUCAGAAUCCUGGCCUUCCACUGACCUUGGAUCUUCGCCCCCCAACACGAAUAUCGCUUCUAACAUGGGGACACCCAAACCGGCAGGAAAAUCCAUAGUGCCCUUUGUCCAAGGAGAUCAGCAGGAUUCAGUUGUUGCAAAGUACAUAGAACGAUUUCGCUACGGUCGACCACAGAGUCGAGAGGAGCGCCGGCCGAUGGCUUCUGCCACGGAAGAGGAGCUGCUGCCUUUGUGGUGGAUGUCACCCUCAUCUUUACCCCCCAGUGCGACACCAACUCAAGCCACAGACAAAGACGAUGUUAUCCUCCCUCUCAGAGAUAACCACCCACCUGUCGCCCUCAGUCCAGGAGGACAGUUGCCACAUGACACAAGCCCUCCCACGUGCAGAGCAUCCCUUAGUAUUUUGUUAGACACCUCCCAAGGUGACCUUGAUGACACUGAGAUACUGCAGCUACAGGAAAGGGCCAGCCGACUUUUGCAAAAAAGUGAAUGCUCUGCCAGUGAUGGGUCAAUCCCCAUCAGCUCAGAGGGUCUGGGAUGCUCUGAUUUCUCUUCUCCAGUCAGUGUAGAUGAGCCAGUACGAAAACCUUACAUUCCCAGUCUAAAGGAGCCAACCACUGGUGGCCACUCCCAAAAGUCCUCUGUGACUUCUCCCUUGGUGCAGCACACACGCCCAGAAGAGGACAUCUUGUUCCAGUGGCGUUUAAGGAGGAAGAUGGAGAAGGCCAGACAGUGGCCCCAGUGUCAGGGGUACUCCAGUCACCACCACUCCACAUUCAGCUGGCAGAACCCCGGUGUUCAUCAGCCUUUCGUCAGCGGACAGCCUCACGAGAGCAUUCAACGUCCUGAACUCUUACAAACAGUUACCCCCUCAUUCAACCCUGUUCCCCAGAAAGACAACAAGGAAGCCCAUGGACCGUGUCCCUCAGCAACAGAUUCACCUCCCUCCCCACCCUUUCCUGUCUCCAGCCCCUUAGUCUCCAAACUUCAAAGUGGUGCCCAGGUACCUGCCCAUAUGCAUCUCCUCUGUGAUGUCUUGCCCUGCCCCACACAAGCAUCCCAUCACAGCACGCGACAGAGGUGUUCGCAGCACUUAGAUGACUUACGGACCAAAGCUUCUCCCCCCAAAACACAGUCAGCCAACUCAACAGAUAUGUGCUCUUCAGCGUCCACUGAAGAGCCCAUUAGUAAACACAUGUCAUCUCCACCAUUUGCUUCAUCUGGAACUACAGAAGAAGAGUGGCCUGUUCACCACAGGAGAGCUGAGAGCAAUAAUAAGGAGAAAGCACAAACAAAGCCGUCGGAGAAGAAUGAGAAGAGGAUGCCCGUCAGGAAGCAGAAGAAAUCAGCUAGGCAUAUCGGAGAUUGUGAUCGUGCUGAUGGGCCCAGCCACACAAACAGGAACUCUUCAAGUCAUAGCCGAGGUCCCAAAAAGGUCACACCAUGCACAGAGCCGCCGGCCAGCAGAAAUGGAGGUCCAAAGGAGAGCUGUCAGGGGUUUUCCAGUGAAAGCUGUGCAGGCGAUCAUGCACCACCACCUUCUCCAAUCCACAGUGUCUUAGGACAGGUGGUUUCCGAGGUACUGUUCCCUACGCUGGAAUCAUCCUCCGCACCAAAGACUCCAGUCUCCUCGGACUCUGGUUCAUACCCUCCCUCUGCACCUCCACAGUCCCCAGUUCCUCCAGGCGGUGCACAGAAUCCAGUGGAGGUCAUUUCACAGCUGCUGCAGGAGGCUGAAGAUUCAGAUGAAAAGGAGUUUGAAGAUGACCCUUUGUUACAAGUCCUCCGCAAACAGAGAAAAUGGGUGAAGAAGCAAAUUAGUGAGGUGGACUCCUUGUUGGUUGAAUUCCAGGAUGAGAAAUGGGGUGUUUGAACCUUAGCAACAGACGAAGCCAUAGAUUUUUAAAAUUUUAUUAUUAUUUUGUUAGAAUUUUAUACACAAAUAAACAGUGGAUUUGUUCUUUUUUAGGAAUAAAUAUUUCUACAUUAAAAAGCUUGGAAAUAUG